AUGUGUCCAACAGCAGAUGAGAUUGAGACCAAUGGAACCUCUAACGGAACCAAUGGCCACAGCAAUGGAGCCAACGGCAAUGGAGCACACCCAGGUUUCACUGGCAUCCAUACUCGACCAGACCCAGCAACUGAAAACCGAAACCCUUAUGCACCUGUAGGAGAUUUCCUCAGCAACGUUCACAGAUUCAAGAUCAUCGAAAGCACAUUAAGAGAAGGCGAGCAAUUUGCAAAUGCCUACUUUGAUACCGCUAAGAAGAUUGAAAUUGCAAAGGCACUCGAUGAAUUCGGUGCCGAUUACAUCGAACUCACGAGUCCUGCGGCUUCAGAGCAGUCUCGCAAGGAUUGUGAAGCUAUCUGCAAGCUUGGCCUGAAGUCCAAGAUUCUUACCCACAUCAGAUGCCACAUGGACGAUGCGAGAAUUGCGGUCGAGACGGGCGUCGAUGGUGUUGACGUUGUCAUUGGCACGUCUUCAUUCCUGAGAGAACAUUCUCACGGCAAGGACAUGACGUACAUUAAGAACACAGCCAUCGAGGUCAUCGAGUUUGUCAAGUCACACAACAUCGAAAUUCGAUUCUCCAGUGAAGAUUCUUUCAGAUCCGACCUGGUCGACCUUCUCUCGCUUUAUCAAGCCGUUGACAAGGUUGGUGUCAACCGAGUCGGUAUUGCAGACACUGUUGGCUGCGCCACACCGAGACAAGUCUAUGACCUCGUUCGAACACUACGUGGCGUGGUCAGCUGCGAUAUCGAGACUCAUUUCCACAACGAUACUGGAUGUGCCAUUGCAAAUGCAUAUUGCGCCCUGGAAGCAGGUGCCACUCACAUUGACACUUCCGUUCUGGGUAUUGGCGAGCGCAAUGGUAUCACCACAUUGGGUGGACUCAUGGCUCGAAUGAUUACUGUGGAUCGUGACUAUGUCAAGAGCAAGUACAAGCUGGAGAAGAUCAAGGAUAUUGAAGAGCUGGUGGCCGAGGCUGUCGCUGUCAACAUUCCAUUUAACAACCCCAUUACUGGAUUCUGUGCCUUCACUCACAAGGCCGGCAUCCACGCCAAGGCUAUCCUGGCAAACCCAAGCACAUACGAAAUCAUUGAUCCUUCGGACUUCGGCAUUGGCCGAUAUAUCCAUUUCGCAUCAAGAUUGACUGGCUGGAACGCCAUCAAGUCGAGAGCACAACAGCUCAAGAUCGAAAUGACAGAUGCGCAAUACAAGGAAGUCACGGCGGCCAUCAAGCGAUUGGCCGACAUUCGACCAAUUGCCAUUGACGAUGCCGACUCUAUCAUUCACGCCUACCACCGAAAUGUCAAGUUGGGCAAGUCCAACCCUCAUGAGGUUGAGCUACCAAACAUGACGGAGAAGGAGAAGCAGCUCCUAGCGCAGAAGCAACAGGAAGACCAGGCUGUUCCUGAGAAGCGCAAGCUUGACGAGACGGUUGAGGAUGAGAUUGCCAAUGGACAAGCCCUCAAGAAGACUCGAAAUGGUGUCGCUGCAUGA